AUGCAACGUGACCAUAGCGCACGGGUUCUGGAGGCUGAGGCUGCCCAGAAGAAGAAGAAGAAGCGUGAGGACGAGCCUGAUGAAGCAGAGCUUGCAGGCGCCGAAGCGAAGGGCGAGAUGAAGGAAGAUGUAGACGAUGUUCAGGCUGACAGUCAGCGCAAGGAUGAUGACCAAAAGGAGAAGGAUGAAGGAGAUGAAGAUGAGGGGAAAGAUGAAGAGGAGAAAGACGAUGAAGAUGAGGGCGAGGAGGACAGCGAGGAGCCAGAGAAGGGAGACACAGGAGGAACAGCAAUGAAGCUUGAGGCAGAGGAAGCGGAUGAUGAGGAUGGCGGAUCUGGAGGAAAGCAGAAGAAGCCACAGAAAAAGACCAAGCUGAUGAAGGACAAGACUCCGGUAGCCUUGAAGUCAAGUGCUACAGCUGCUACAGUGUCUGGCGACCACCUUGAAGCACGGAAGCAAGCGGAGCAGGACUUGCGAGAGGCUUUGAACUCUGGCCAAAUGCUUUGGAGCUCACCACUGAGAGGCAACACGUUGUCACUGAUCGUAAGCCACCAACACAGCCAGUGUGCCCACAGCCUUUUCGUGGGCGAGGUCUUGCGCGGCAUUCUGGAGUCUUCCGAGCUGCAGGACCCUGCCUGCGCUGGAGUCAAAGAUGUCCACGUCAAAAUUGACGGCGAGCAGGUAGCCCUAGAGUGCGAGGGGAUCAACCUUUUCGCUCUUCAAGCUCUCCCAGCAACUCUGGUGAAUCACUGCAAGAUCUACACCAAUGACAUCAGGAAAGUCCUUGGGCUCUAUGGAGUGGAAGCGGCUCGGGCAUCCGUCGUGCAAGAAGUCAAAAAUGUCUUCGGGCAUUACGGCAUCCAGGUGAACCACCGGCAUUUGGCACUCAUUGCAGACUAUAUGGCACAAGGAGGAGAUUUGCGGGCGUUCAAUCGCCUGGGGAUGAUCCACUGUCCUUCACCUCUUCUUCAGAUGUCCUACGAGACGACCAUGCAAUUUCUGUCAACGGCCUGCCAGGAGGGCCUGCUGGACAACAUGACAUCUCCUGCUAGUGCCAUCGUGCUUGGCAAGCCCCCAGAAGUCGGCACAGGUAUGGUAAACUUGCUAGUGGACUUGGAUCCACCUGAACCUCCGUGGAAGAAACAAAGAAAGUUUGACUUCUGA